ACUUCUAAACGGAAUGGGCUUGACUCUCGAGGAAACGGAAGAAUUACGAAAAUUGUGUAAUUUGGAGUCAAAGUGUCUGCAGGAGAUCGACACCUCCACGUCUUUAUCGUCGUCUUCCAACGAGUGCUUAUCGUCGGACAGUCUCUGUUUGAAACACCUGUUCAGCAAGCCCUUGGCACAUGCUAUUCGAGAAGUGAUCGCGAGGAAGCCAUCCGAUCCCGUCGAAUAUCUCGGCCACUGGCUCUUAAAUUAUAAAGUCGAAUGUUGCGGACCGUCCGAAUUAUUUCAAUAAUUCUCCACGACGAUCCAUGGCGAAGUGAUUUUAUCGACUCGUGAAAUUUCAGAUCUGCGAAGAGAGGGAGAAGAGGAGGAGGGAGCUGGAAUUGGAGCUGAUGAUCGAGAGGGAACGAGUGAAACUGCAGCAGGUGAACGUCAACUCGCAACUUGAUUCCAUUAUCUUUCACAGAAGGUCGAGUUCUUUAUCUUUUUUCUUUAAAAAUUCGCUUUGAAAAGCACGAGGAAGAGGAAGUGCCUGCGUCGACGCAAGAUGAUGAUGAAGAAGAAGAGGAGGAGGGAUUUCUCGAUGAU